AUGACGGAUAAUAAUUCUUCACCUUUCAAAUUAAAGAACCCUACUGCGUAUCAUAUCUUGGCUACUCAACAGCAACAACAACAACAUGUCUCGUUAAGUCAUUUACAACUUGACAAUUUAGAGGACCAGUAUCAUCAUCCUCCACCUACUAUUGACUUUAGUGAAUACUAUCUCCAAAGACAACAGCAACAGCAACAACAGUUCUUAUCGCCUGAGUCUACUUCGCCCCCUUUGCAAGACUUUGAUGAUCUGGACAGCUUAUCUAGUGGUUUGCCUAUCAAUUUCAGCAAUAUGAUGAUAGUGCCUGAGCAACAAAAUUAUUUUUUCUCAUCGCAACCAAAGAUAAACACAAGCACACUCAUGAUGUCAAGCCAACACAACAGCUCAACCGAUAUUUUCCAUGAAGAAUCACCUUCUGAUUACUCUUCUUCAGUAGACAUGUUUCCUCAUCAUCAAAGAAAUAAUAGCAUGGGUAGUAGUAAAGACACUGCCUCUUUGGCUACUUCGCCACCUUCUUUUAUGUAUGACCAACAGCCUUUUUCCGCUCCUGCUCAAAUGGGUUAUGAAUUCCUUACAAAUCACAUUCAAAGUAUUACUUCUUAUCAUCAAGACAAACACAAGAGUUUAAGUCAUAGCUUAGCUGCUACGGGUGUAAAUAACCUUGAUGAAUACGAAUCAAUUCAGCUGAAUCAACAGUUGCUUUCUGAAAAGAAGCGACGUAGAAGGGAAUCUCACAAUGCAGUUGAAAGAAGAAGAAGAGAAAAUAUCAAUGAAAGAAUUCAAGAACUUGGUACAUUGCUGCCAGAAACAAUGCUUGAAGAACUUGCAUGCACAAGUCUAAAUGGUAACAACAAUAAGCCAAACAAAGGCGCUAUUUUACGUAAAUCAGUCGACCAUAUUCGUAUCUUACAACAAGAAGUGUCUAGCUAUAAACAUCGCAUCUAUGAAUUGGAAAAGCAACUAGCUGCCUUAUCCACUAAUACUACUAAUACUACUACUACUACUACUUUUAAUACUACUACAAUUGCUACUAAUUAA